GAAACGGUAAAGAACAUUAAAACAGCAAGUCGGUUUACAUCAGUUACUAGGGCUGCUCCGGGCACCACAGGCAACACACAUUCGGUAGAAGAGAAACGCCAUGUUUCAGAGUUGGAACAGGCUUGGAUCAAGGCUUCUGGCUUAUCUAUUAAAAACUGGCCUGCUCGUCAGUCCCGCAAAUGGAGACAGCCUGGAAAGGUUUGUGAGACUUGCUAUGAGGGCACCUUUGUCUGUCUCGUGGGGAGAGAUGCUGAUUUUGACCUUAUAAUUGGUGGAAUGGGAGGCAAACCGCAGGCCAUCGAGUUUCUCCUUAAGGCGCAGUUGAAGGGCACCCGCGAGGUCGCAAAUUUGGCCCUCGAUCACACGCAUGCGUGA